AUGGAUAAAAUGUUAUUUUGUAUGCUUAUAAUUCAUUUCAUAAUAAUUUAUAUUGUUCAAAUUUGUCAAGGACUUACACGUCCAUUGGUAAUUGGUCAUCGUGGUUCAGCCUAUUUACCUGAACUUACAUUAGAAUCUCAAUCAAUGGCACAUGCUCUAAGAGCUGAUGUAAUUGAAAUUGAUGUUUGUCUUAGUCGAGAUAAUCAAUUAAUUGUCGUUCAUGAUCUUUAUUUAAAUGCGAUAAGUAAUGUCGAAAAUAUAUUUCCAAAUCGAAAUCGUUCUGAUGGUUAUCAUUAUGUCAUUGAUUUUAAUCUUGAGGAAUUACGUCGUCUAAAUAUUCAUGAACGUACUUCACCGUUUACUAAUAUACAAGUUUAUCCAGCUCGUUUUCCUUCAUCAUCAACAGUACAAUUUCAUCUUUCAACACUUAAUGAAACAAUUGAAUUAUUACUUGGUCUUAGUCAUUCUACAAAUCGACAAUAUCAAUUACUUAUUGAAAUAAAAAAUCCUGAAUAUCAUAUACAAUACAAUAGAUCUAUUUCAUCAAUACUACUUUCAACAUUAAAUGCUUAUAAUUUAACUGAACUUAAUGAUCCAAUUAUAAUUCAAACAUUUCACAUAGAAGAAUUAAUACAUAUUCGUAAGAAUCUAUUGAGUAAAUUACGUUUGGUUGCUUUAUUAACAUGGAAUUGGUUAAAUGAAUCUUCAAGUGAUUAUGAUUUCUAUCGAAGUGAACAAGGUUUACAAAAUUUAUCAACGAUUGUUCAAGCUAUUGCACCAAAUAUGGAAUUAUUGGUUAAUUUUGCUCUAGAUGGAUCAUUUAUUAAUGUUACAAAUUUAACUUUAUUGGCUCAUAAAUAUAAUCUUUCUGUUUAUCCAUGGACAUUUCGACGUGAUACCUUCAAAGGAAAUUUUGAACAAUUAAUAAACAUUUUUUAUAAAACAGUUAAAGUAGAUGGUUUCAUUACGAGUCAACCAGAUGUAGUAAUUGAAUUAUUAGAAAAACAAACAUCAAUUCCCAAUACUUUAUCUAAUCAAUUACCUAGUCUCUCGUAUUUCAUAAUUCUAAUACUUAUAUUUCUGCAAAGUGUUAUUGAUACAUGA